ACGGCGAGCGGGCGAGGAGGCAGCCGCUGACUCCCGGAGUGGAUGAUGCUUGUUUGCCGCAGGCCUCGCCAUCGUGAAAUUGGAUACCGACUUGCGGCGGAUGGGUUGACCGAGCUCGCUGCUCCGCCGGGGAGGUCCCUGCCGUCGGACGUUACCGGGGUGGGAGCCGCCGGUGCCCGGUUCUAAGGGGAAGGGAAGGAGCGGCAAGAGGGAAGGAAGAUGCAGACGGAGGAGGAGACGGCCGCCGCAGAAGAGCCCAUUUUGGAGGAAGGGUCGGGACGAGAGCAGCAAAGGCCGGUGCAGCAGUCCCUGGCCUCCUCGCUGUGCCGGGAGUCCCACUGGAAGUGCCUCCUCCUGACCCUCCUCAUGUACGGCUGCUUCGCCACGCUGGCCUGGUGCGCUCUGUGCCGCGUGUCCGUCCUGGGCUCCUCCCCCGUGCCGCUGGGCUCCGACGACGACGCCACCUCGGCCGCCUACUACAACGACAUCCCGCACCUGGAGAGCCCGUGCUCCAGCGGCUACGUCUACAUACCCCUGGCCUUCCUGGCCAUGCUGUACGUGGUUUACCUGGUGGAGUGCUGGCACUGCUUCUCCAAGACGGCCAUGCUGGCUCACGCCGAGUUCCAGGAGGUGUAUGACCGCGUGCAGAGGCUCCAGCAGGCCACGCCCUGUAUUUGGUGGAAGGCCAUCAGCUAUCACUACGUGAGGAGGACCAGGCAGGUGACCAGGUACCGCAACGGAGAUGCAUAUACAACCACACAGGUUUACCACGAGAGAGUCAACACUCACGCCUCCAGUUCAGAGUUCGACUACGCUCGCUACGGCGUCAAGGACGUAUCGAAGGAGCUGCUGGACCUGCAGCUGCACCCUGCCGUUCGCCUCCGGUUCACAAAGUGUUUCAGCUUCUCAAGCGCUCGUGCUGAAGCUGCCUACCUCACUCAGAGAGCGCGCUUCUUCGGGGAGAACGAGGGGCUCGACGACUACAUGGAGGCCAGGGAAGGCAUGCACCUGAAGAACGUGGAUUUCCGUGAACACAUCCUGGCCUUCCCGGAUCCGGCCCACCAGCCGUGGUUUUCCCGGCACAGGGUGUUCUGGCUGGCGUCCGCGUUCCUCCUGUCGUGGCCGCUGCGGGUGGUGUCAGAGUACCGCACGGCGUACGUCCACUACCACGUGGAGAAGCUGUUCGGGGAGGACGAGGACACCGGAGGAGGCGGGGGAGUCGGCGGGGGAGGGCCGGGCGGGGGCGGACGAGGGGACGGGGUGGAGGGCGGGACUGAGAACGGAAUCCAUCCCGGGGGAGUAGGGGUGGGCGCGGGCCUGAGCGGGGCGAGCUACAGGGCCAUCUCCCGGGUCAACACGGUGGACAUGACAGAACUGGAGUGGCACAUCCGCUGCAACCAGCAGAUGGUCCCCAGCUACUCCGAGGCCCUCCUCAUGGACUUGGACACGAGUGGGGGGACGAACCCCACGGUCUCCACGCCCGUCUCGGGGCCGCCGGGCACCACCCCCAGCCAGGGCGCCGCCGCGCCGCCUCUGGCUCUGCCUGUGGUGUUCAACUCGGCCUACCUCCUACAGAGCUGCCCUCGGUGCCGGAGGACCACAUCGAGCGCCAGUCUUCCUUCCAGGCUCCGGGCCCCGAUGGGAACCACGGCCCUCCUGAAUGCUACCGUGGCCGGGAUCAGGGCGGCAGGGCAAGGAGGCGGAGGCAUAGGAGGAAGGCUGGUGCUCAGCCGGAGCGGAUUCUCUCUGGGGAGGCUCGGAGGCGGGCGUCAGAACAGCCUGUUCCACUCCAGAAGCAUGGGCGGAGGGCUGGGGGGCAGCAGGGAGGACGGAGGCGGCAGUGGAGGAGGAGGAAGCAGCGGCGGCGGAGGAGGAGGAGGAGGAGGAGGCGGCGGCGGAGGAGGUGUGGGGUUCUUGGGGUUAGGAUCCAGGCAAGACAACGAGGAGACUAGAGGAGUGCUGGAAGGAGAGGGCGAUGACGAUGAGGAGGAGGAGGAGGAGCAGCAGGAGGAGGCGGCGAGGCGAAGGGACGACGGAGGGAGAGAGAGGGACGAGGAGGCAGAGCAGGAGAGUGGGGCAGGAGGGGAGGAGAGGGAGGGCGAGAGAGACCGGCCUCCGUCAUACCAGGAUGCGUUCUUCUUUCCUGUCCUCAUCAUACACGGAGAGGAGAGCUGCCACGCCGGAGACGACAUGUGAUCAACAGAAAAACUAACAGAAGAUGAGGGAGAUGAAGGAGCUGGACAGGAAGAGACGAGCAGACAGACAGAGAGAGGCAAUUUGAACAAAGAGGUAAGAAUAGAUCUGUGAUAGAAUUGGGAAGGAAAUGGUCGAGAAGGUUGAAAUAGAAGUUGAAAUCACUGAAUAACGGUAAGGAGACACCGUGAGCGCAGACGGGAAAGUCUCGGAUGACAAAUGGAAGAAAACUGAACAGAGUGGAGACUGAAAAAAAGU